UUUCCGAGAGUUCCAUUUUAUACGCUCACAACUCACAAGAAGAACUGACACACACACACACACGCAUUUUAAGAUAACAUUGAAAAUACCAACCACCACCUCUCUCUCCCUCUGUCUCUCUUUCUCUCUCUUCUGGCGGCGCGUUCAAUUCACUUGCAGCAGCGCUAUGGGACAGUCCUCCUCGCUUCCUGAGGCUCCGGCGGAGCACAGCCCCAGAGAAAUUUCAACGAGCCGACGGUUCAGCUUCAAAACGGUGGCGAUUGCUUCAUCCUCGACCGACGAAGACUCCGAGUUUUACGGGGAAGUCACUCAGGGCCGUGACUACACGUCUGAUCUUCCCGACGAGUGUUUGGCGAGUAUUUUCCAUUUCCUCGGCGCCGGUGACCGGAAAAGGAGCUCGCUCGUCUGCCACCGGUGGCUAAGAGUCGACGGACAGAGCCGGCACCGCCUCUCUCUCAACGCCCAGGCUGGGCUUCUUCCUUUCCUGCCUGUUCUCUUCGCCCGCUUCGACUCGGUCACCAAGCUCGCGCUUCGAUGCGAUCGCAAAUCGAUCAGCCUGGACGACGACGCUUUGGUCCUGAUCUCGAUUCGCUGCAAAAACCUCACGCGCCUCAAGCUCCGCGGCUGCCGCGAAAUCACCGACCUCGGAAUGGCCACGUUUGCGCAGAACUGUAAGGGCCUGAAGAAGCUCUCCUGCGGCUCGUGCAUUUUCGGCGCCGAAGCCAUGAACGCCGUCUUCGAGCACUGCCCGGCGCUCGAGGAGCUCUCCGUGAAGAGGCUCCGCGGCGUCCACGACGGCUCAGAGCCGAUCGGCGACAAAAUUACGUCGUCGUCGCUGAAAUCGAUAACGUUGAAGGAGAUACUGAACGGGCAGUGCUUCGGGCCGCUUAUCGUAGGUUCCAAGAAUCUCAAGACUCUGAAGCUAAUCCGCUGUUUGGGGGAUUGGGAUACGGUUUUGGAAAAGCUUGGAAAUGGGAACCGGGGUUUGAUUGAAAUUCACCUGGAGAGGUUGCAGGUGACCGAUUUGGGGCUUUCCGCCAUUUCGAAGUGCUCGAAUUUGGAGGUUUUGCACAUUGUUAAGGCUGAGUGUUCGAAUUUUGGGCUUAUUUGUGUUGCCGAAAACUGCAAGCUGCUGAGGAAGCUUCACAUUGAUGGAUGGAGGACGAAUAGGAUUGGGGACGAGGGUUUGAUUGCCAUAUCGAAAGAGUGCCCCAACAUACAGGAGCUUGUUCUGAUUGGUGUGAAUCCCACCUCUUUGAGCCUAACUGCAAUUGCUUCCAAUUGCCAAAAAUUGGAGAGGUUGGCGCUUUGCGGUAGCGGGUCAAUUGGAGAUGCAGAAUUUGCUUGCAUUGCUGCGAAAUGUGUGGCAUUGAAGAAGCUGUGUAUUAAGGGGUGCCCAAUUUCCAAUGUCGGGCUUGAAAUGCUUGCUUGGGGUUGUCCCAGUUUGUCCAAGAUUAAGGUCAAGAAGUGCAGAGGAGUGAGUGCUGAGGCGGCGGAGAGGUUGCGGGAGCGAAGAGGAUCAUUGACUGUGAAUUGGGAUGCUGGUGAAAUUGGAUCAAUGGAUGCUAGUGGGUGUGCAGGUGGAGCCGUUGAAAGCGAUGUGGAGCUUCCGGUUGAUCACGUAGCAGUUGCUAUUGCUCCAGCAAGUAGCAAUAGUCCAUUGGCAUUGUUGAGAACAAAGUUUGGGGUUUUUUCAGGUAGGAGUUUUGUUCCUUGCACAUUCAGAAGGAGGUCAGGUGGUCAGAGUAGUUCCAGUUCAAACUUGUAGGUGAUGUUCUCGAGGGCUACAAAAGUUGCCCUCGGGGCCUCAUCUCACGUUGGUACGUUGUUUACAGUGUAUUCAUCGAAUGAAGUUUCUUCUGUAUUCGUGCCCUACUUGGGGCUUUUCGUGAUGUCGUAUUGAAUUUUUGUUCGCAAGAAAAUGCAUGCAGAGAAUUGCUGGCAUUCAAGUUGUAAUGUCUAGCUCAAUUAUCCAGAAAACAACUUCAUCUAUUGCAGUUUGUUUUCGUAAUUUGCUCA